AUGUGUGAUACAUUAACUGGAUGUUAUUCGGGAUUAUAUACAUUUUUAAAUAUUUCAACACAACAAUUGAAUAGUUCUAAACGUGAAGAAUUAUUACGUAUUUAUUGGGAAGAAGUAAAUGAAUCGAAAAAUCAAUCAGAAAUUCCAUUGGUUUUAUUCAUUGUUACAAUUUUAUUAUUUUUAAGUAUGAUAUUAUUUGGUGCAUUCGGUAGUAGUCUUGUGAUAUUCAUUGUACUGAGGAAACGUUCAAUGCGUACACGUGGAAAUUUAUUCAUUCUGAAUUUAGCUAUUUCUGAUUUAACUUUAUGCCUGAUUACACAACCAUUUAAUUUGUUACGUUUGUUGACUGGUAAUCGUAAUUGGAUAUUCGGUCAGUUUAUGUGUAAAUUUUCUGCAAUGUUUCAAGGAACUAAUAUAUUCGUGUCGACAUUUAGUAUUACAGCAAUUGCAAUCGAUCGAUUUCAAGAUUUUUCUUCCGGUCUAUUACAUUCUGGUAUAGAAAAAACAAAAUUAUUCUCCAUUGAAAAUAGUUAG